UGAGAUUCAUCCGAUUACCGGUCGGAUCAGAACGAGGCGUACUUGUUGGCGAUCGAGUACUUACAAAAGGAUUGAGCUGAGAGGUGAAGGGGUUUGAUGACCCGCGACUGCAUCUGUUCAUGGCAAUUGCAGCAGCCAUGAGCGGGGACGACGGCAGCGACGGGCACGAGCAUGACCUGGUGAUGCCCGGGUUCCGCUUCCAUCCCACCGAGGAGGAGCUGAUCGAGUUCUACCUCCGCCGCAAGGUCGAGGGGAAGCGGUUCAACGUGGAGCUCAUAACCUUCCUCGAUCUCUACCGCUACGACCCAUGGGAGCUUCCCGAAUUCGCGACGAUCGGAGAGAAGGAGUGGUACUUCUACGUUCCGAGAGAUCGCAAGUAUCGGAACGGGGAUCGACCCAACCGCGUGACCACGUCGGGAUACUGGAAGGCGACGGGCGCCGACCGGAUGAUCAAAGCGGAGAACCACCGAUCCAUCGGGUUGAAGAAGACCCUCGUCUUCUACUCCGGGAAGGCUCCUAAAGGCAUCAGAACCAGCUGGAUCAUGAACGAGUACCGCCUGCCACACAGCGAGACCGACCAACACCAAAAGACUGAGAUCUCACUCUGUCGAGUGCACAAACGAGUUGGAGUAGAAGAUCACUGCCAAAUCCCUGCAACACUUGCUUCCAAGCCAUCGUCCUCUCGCGGAACCGGAAUCGACAAAAGACACACCCCCCGCCGGCAACCGCCAGGCUUCGAAGCCUCCGGAGUUGGAUCUUCACUGACAUCAGCCAUGGAGAAGGUGCCAAAAGUGCAGGGUGCGAGCACGACCCACAACUUGGCGUCCCCCAUUCUCUCUACUGUGUAUGGCUCGACGGCGUCGAUGCCUUCUCUGAGCUCGACCACAUCGAUGGAAGAAGACAGCACUUCGCUUCACCAUGCCAAGAACACUAGCAUCGCUCUGAUCCCCGCAUGCUCCCUUCUCGCUUCCGCCAAUUCCUCCGUCUCCGCGCCUGGGAUCGAGGAGCUCAACAGGUUCGUAGGUUACACCCAAAGCUUCAUGGAGCAGCAGCCAAAUCAACUCCUCCCGAUGCCUCCACAGCCCCAGCUCAACCAGCUGCCCAUGUCUUUGCCCAUGAUCUCAGAGAAGCUAUGGGAGUGGUGGAAUCCUCUUUGUGAGGCUGGUAAGGACUACACCAGCUUCAAGUGAUUGCUUUUGCAUGACACAUGCAAAGUGGUAGGAACAUAAUAGUAUGUGUGAAGUAGAUUUAAGCUUGUAGUUCUACUAAGUUUCCACUGGAAUUGUCUUAUGAUGAACCUUUGGGUGCUCCUCCCAAUCUAUGUUGUAACUUUGAGAGAAAGGUAUAAGAACAAUAAGAAUGGGGUUAAAAAACACCACCUGGAAUAG